UUUGUUUGUCUGCUGGUAUUGGCCCAUUUUUUCCAAUUUCUUAUCUUCAGUCUUCUCACUUGCCUUCUAUGCGGCUUCCCUGGAGCCCAACACCUACCAUUUUCAUCCCCCUUAGCUACUAUUAGUCGUUCUACUACCCAUCAAAUCCCACCAAAAAAAAAAAAAAACCAAAUCCCCCCAAAAAAAAAAAAAAUCUCCUUGAUUCGUUUAAAUAUCAUUCCCACUCGAACCACAGAUAGCUCUUAUCAGUGUACGUUCUGUCUGGCCAGUGAGCUUUUGCUAUUGCUUGAUUCGCUGCUUGUCAUGGGCUGCCUAUCCAAUAAGUUCUUCAGACUUAAAUUCCGGCACAGAUCUACAGUAAGUGGUGUUGUGGCUAAUGGUGAUCAUAUAAAGGAAAAGGAUGAUAAUGAUGAUGAUGAUUAUGGUGCAAGGAAAUAUAGUUGGGAUGAUAUAGUAAGUCUAACCAUGAAUUUCUCGCGGUGGAUUGGAUCAGGAGGGUUUAGCAUGGUAUAUUUGGCUCAGUUUCCCGGUUCAAUUCUUGGGGCCGUCAAGACACACGCCGGAAGCAACCAUCUCAAUAGACUCUUUAAGCAGGAAUUAGACAUCCUACUCCGAAUUCGCCAUGACAACAUUGUCAGGCUUUUAGGAUACUGUGAUGAUGAAGAGGGAGACGCUCUUGUGUUUGAGUUUGUCCCAAAUGGAAGUUUGCAGGAUAAACUCCAUAGCGUAGAAAGAGACACAAAGUUAUCCUGGGCUUGGCCUGUUCUUUCAUGGCAAAGAAGGAUGGCCAUAGCCUUCCAACUUGCGCAAGCUAUAGAGUAUCUUCAUGAAAAACACACCCCGCAAAUAGUGCAUGGAGACAUCAAAGCUUCUAACAUUUUAUUGGACGAGCAUCUUAACUGCAAGCUCUGUGAUUUCGGGUCUGCAAAUAUGGGAUUUUCUUCAAUGGUAGUUCAUUCCUCCAGAACCAAGCAAGUGAUGAUGGGUUCUCCUGGUUACACUGAUCCGCAGUACCUAAGGACAGGAAUAGCAACAAAGAAGAACGAUGUGUAUAGCUACGGAGUCAUUAUUUUGGAACUCGUGACGGGUAUGGAGGCUUUCUGCGAGGAGAGGGGCCAGCUAUUGACAUCAAUUAUGGGACCUGUGCUAAAGGAUGCCCACGACUGUGAAGCGAUAAAGGUGGCCCAAAUUGUGGAUCCAAGAUUGGAAGGUGAAUUUGACUUAAAGGAAGCCAGGGCCAUGCUUACCUUAUCGGCUCUUUGUCUUGGCCAUUCUGCAAUUCUUAGGCCUUCCGCCACCCAAAUUUUGGAUAUAUUUAGAGAGAAUAUUCCUUCCAUCUCAUUCCUAUUCUCCGUGGGGAAGGAUUUACCAAAUUUUCGCAAUUCUAGAACUUGAUGAGUUCCUGCUGGGAAUUGAUAUGAUGCUGAUUGUAUUGAAAUUGUAAUUAAAUCGAAUUAAAUUGAUGUUUAUAUUCCACGUCAUUUAUGAUCUA